AUGUCUCAAGACUCAUCAGGACUAAAACAAUCAAACGGAAAUACUAAAGAUCCACUUGUUGUAAAAUUGGAGGCUAACAAGCUCCGACUAGGAUGCACAAGAGACGACUAUAGAACAUUGCAAAUUAUUGGGAAGGGUUCUUUUGGACAUGUCUUUUUAGCAUACUCAAUUCAUGGAAAUCAACCUCAUGUCGCUAUAAAGAAAAUAGACAAGGAAUUACUACUGAAUGACUAUAAUGUUGAUCGUUUAAAUAGUGAAAUAACUAUUCACCUGAAUAUGAAUCACGAAAAUAUUGUGGAAUUAUAUCUUUAUUUUGAACAAAAUAAUUCUUAUUAUCUAGUGAUGGAGUAUUGUAAAGGAGGUGAUAUGUAUAAAUUCUUGAAAAAACAAAAAACCUUUAAUGAAGCCCAAUCAAAACAUUACUUGACACAAAUUGUGAAUGCACUGAUAUAUUUACAAUCGUUCGGAGUGGUUCACAGGGAUCUCAAACUUUCUAACAUUUUACUAACUGAAGACCAGCAACAAAUCAAAUUAUCAGACUUUGGACUCUCCACAAAGCUUGAUAGUGUUGAUGGAGAGCAAAGCACUAUUCUAGGAACGCCAAAUUAUAUGGCCUAUGAAAUUGUAAAUAAGAUGAAUUAUGGAAUGAAGGUAGAUAAUUGGGCUCUAGGUUGUAUAUUAUUUACAUUUUUGGUUGGUGAAUCUCCAUUUGAUGAAGGAAGUAGAACUCAAACGUUUGAUAAGAUUAGAAAAUUGGAUUACAAGAUUCCUGAUUUUGUCUCUAAAAAUGCAAGAGAUUUGAUUGAAAAACUUCUGCAUCCAGAUCCUACCAAACGUAUUUCCCUUAUCGAAUGUAAAUCUCACCCUUUUCUAAGA